CCGGAAGCGAGGUGCGGCUGCUGGUGCUGACCCCGGUGCCGCUCCCGCUCCCGUCAUGUGAAGUGGCGGGACGGGCUCCCCCAGGUGUGCGGGGCGUCACCGGGCGGGGCAUAGGCCCGCGUCCACCCGAGGGACCCCGGCCGCGAUGGAGCCCACGGCCUCGCAGGUGUUCUGCGGGAGGGUGCUGGGCAUGGUCAACGCCGAGGACGUCAAUGCCAUCAUCCUGGCGCAGAAAAACAUGCUGGAUAGAUUUGAGAAGACCAACGAGAUGCUGCUCAACUUCAACAACCUCUCCAGUGUCCGCAUGCAGCAGAUGAACGAGCGUUUCCUCCACCACACCAAGACGUUGGUGGAAAUGAAGAAGGAUCUGGACAGCAUCUUCCGGAGGAUCCGGACGCUGAAAGGGAAGCUGGCGAAGCAGUACCCGGAGGCUUUCAGCAACAUCCAUGAAUCUCCCAUCCUAGAAGACGAUGAUGACUUUGACCCCGUCCCGAAAAGCACGACAACCACCAUCGCUACCUCUGAGCAGAGUACGGAGUCCUGCGACACCAGCCCUGACAUCAUCUCUCCCACCAUGAGUCAGGAUUUUGAGGAUUUAUCCCAAGGCCAGUAUGAUUUACCGGCUGUGAAUGGACAGAGUCUCACAGAUGAAGACACGGCUAACGACCUGGACUAGGCGUGCAGGUCCUGCACUGCCACUGCUUGCCCCCAUAGAACUUUAUAUCCUGUAUUUAUAUUUGUGUGGUUUUUUGGGAAGAGGGAGCAAAGGCUGAGAGAAGCAACGGCCAAGUGAAGAAGGCUGCCCUUCUGCCUCUAAACUGCUGCCGUAGUGUAAACCCCGUGACUUGCUUCGGGGUAAAUAAGUAAAACGUGGGUUUGAAACGCC